AUGGUGGACGAGAAGGAAACCUUAGAGCAGCAAUUACAGGCUAUGGCCAUGAAUACCGAUUUUCUCGAUUCCUGGAUUGUAGAGAACAACGGGAAAGCCAAGAAUGUGCCAGUAGAUUUGGAUGUAGGUAAUGCCUUUGAGUGCACUGUAGCACUAUCCAAACAGAUGUUAGAUUGCAAUGCAUCGGAUUUAGCCAUCGAAGAUACUGUUUAUUUGAUGGAUAAGUCGUUUCGAGAUGGGUUGUUACCAUUUGAUCAGUAUCUGAGGAAUGUGAGGUUGUUGUCGAGAGGGCAGUUCUUCCACCGAGCCACGGCUGAGAAAGUUCGGGCCACACAGAUGGAAGCUCAGGUUGCUUCUAUUGCAGCUAGGUUGCACUCGUGA